CUCAAAGACUAGGUGAUCUGGAUCCCCCUGUUUCAGUGUUAAAGGCUCUCUGUUGCACAUAGUAACGCAACCCAGGAUUCCCCCGGUAUGUUUCAUCACCACUGCUUCAUCUCUACCUCCUUCCAUUCUUCGCUUUCCUCUUCGAAAUCAUCGGCUAUUACUUUUUUUUCGAGUUUCAAUUGCUAUAAACGAAAUCAAACUUUUCCCAUGUACCGAAAAAUACAAACGGCCAAACAGUUGAGUUUAAUGAGCUACAUGCUAUUCUGGUAUUUUAAUGUUCGCCUGUUUUUUGAGCUUAUAUAGUAGUACUCCUUCGAAUUAUACAUACAGGUGUUCUUGCUGCCAGUGCACACCCGAUGCCUCGGUAUUAUUGUGAUUACUGUGACACUUACUUGACACAUGAUUCUCCAUCUGUUAGAAAGCAGCAUAAUUCAGGAUAUAAACACAAGGCCAAUGUGAGGACUUAUUAUCAACAAUAUGAGGCACAACUUAACCAGAGUCUGAUUGACCAGAGGGUCAAGGAGCACCUUGUUGCAUUUAGGGCACCUGCCCCUCCUUAUGCACAAAUGAGACCUGGUCUUCCUAUGUUUCCUACCCCAGCACAAAUUCCUAUUGCAGGAAAUCCUCAACCAUCAACUGGUAACCCCUUAAUCCAAGGAAUUCGGCCGCCAGUUUUACCACGGCCACUAUCUGGUGUACCAGGGUAUGUAUCCGGCCCGCCUUUUGUUGCAGCACCUGUUGCCCCCAUGCUGGGUCAGGUGAGUAGUUUUUUAAGGCCUCCCUCUAUGAGUUCUCCAACUUCACUUCCAGCAACAGGUGCACCUAUUGGUGACCAUCCAGUGUAUGCACCUCCUCCUCCUCCGAUGCAUCAAGGAGGUAUAUCUCUUCCAACCAGUGCAGCCGGUGAUAGUCCCCCCAGCAACUCUCAGGCGCCUCCCAAUUCCAAUCAUCAGUCUGGUUGAGACAUUAGUUUGUUUUAUGUACUCAGCUGUGAUUGCUUCCCCAUGAUAUGAUGGGAUGACUGAGGAAUGCCUUUGGGAACCCAGAAGAAGGAACAAUUCCCCCCCCCCCCCCCCCCACCCCCCAUAGGAUUUUGAUGGGCAAAUGUGAUUGCGCUAUUAAUAUACCCGGAGUAUUUCUUAAAGUAUAUACCUGUCAUUUUUGCUUUCAGCAUUCUACUUUGGCUUGAAAGUUGAAACUUACAAUAUCUGACCCAUAUGUAUCAUUAUUUGUCGUUGGAUUGUUAUUUUUGAGAAACAAUGUAAUGUAAGUAUCUUUCACUGUUGGAGUGUUGACUAAUGCCUGUGGGCAUAGUUCAAGAAAUUGGGGCAAUCAUU